AUGUCGGCUGCCGUGGCGUGCCUGGACUACUUCGCCGCCGAGUGCUUGGUGUCCAUGUCCGCGGGUGCCGUGGUUCACCGCCGCCUGCCGGACCCCGAGGGCGCGGGCGGAGCGGCAAGCUCGGAGGUGGGUGCGGCGCCGCCGGAGUCCGCUCUGCCGGGUCCGGGGCCACCGGGGCCCGUGUCGGUCCCCCCGUUCCCCCAGGUCCCCGCCCCCAGCCCCGGCGCGGGCGGCGCCGCGCCCCACCUGCUGGCUGCAAGCGUCUUGGCUGACUUGCGCGGCGGCUCUGUGGGGUGCUUUGGAGAGUACUCGGGGGAAGCUCUGCGCGCCUCAUCCGGCUCCUCCGACCCGACCCCGUGCUCCGGCCCGACCCUGUGCUCCAAGCCGACCCCGGCCACCAGCGCGGCCGAGGUCUCCCGACCCGUGCAGUCCUCCGGCGCGCUCGCGGUCCCUGGCGCGCCAGCCGUCCCGGGAGUGCCUGCCCACCCUGGCGCGGUCUCCGGCGUGGCCCCUGGGGCGGGCCCCGCCCCCGCCACGGGUCCAGGCCCCCGUCGGAGGCCAGUCACACCUGCUGCCAAGCGCCACCGCUGCCCCUUCCCCGGCUGCAACAAAGCUUAUUACAAGUCAUCGCAUCUGAAGUCCCACCAGCGCACCCACACGGGUGAGCGCCCUUUCUCCUGCGACUGGCUCGACUGCGACAAGAAGUUCACGCGCUCCGACGAGCUGGCCCGCCACUACAGGACGCACACGGGCGAGAAGCGCUUCUCCUGCCCCCUCUGCCCCAAGCAGUUCUCCCGGAGCGACCACCUGACCAAGCACGCCCGCCGCCACCCAGCCUAUCAUCCCGACAUGAUCGAGUACCGGGGGCGCCGUCGCACUCCCCGCGUCGACUCGCAACCCGCCAACCUGGUGGACAGCUCCGGCUCCGUCCCCGGGCAGGUGCCCAGCUUCACCACCUGCUUGUCUGACAGUCAUUGCUGUUAGUUGUCCCCUCAAGGACGAUCCCCCAGGCCAUUGUCCUUGCUUUCUCUCUGCCCAUCCCUCUUUCCCAGAGUGAUUAGAACAAGGCACAGACUGGCU